CUGGACUCUCUCCCCUCCGAAAGUGUGAUAAUCCACUUUCUGAGUCACCACCUCCCACCCUCUCAACCCCCUCCAGCCCAAAAAAAAAAAAAGGCCACUACCGGUCGACUCCCCCUUCCCCUGUGGACGAACAUUCAUCCUCCCACUCCUCGGUCAACGACGGCUCAAGCAGACAUUCACCACACGAUACCCAGUCCUAUCCAGUCCGACCCAACCUACCCCCAGGCCAACGAAGCAGCCGUUCGGACAUCCGUUUCCCAAUCUUUAAUAUCGGUUUCUUGAUAUACUCCGCUUCAACUCACAUAGCCAAAAUGCCCGGUCUCGACCUUGAGCAUGAGCCUCUCGCGGCCGACGACGUGAGAAUCCUGGGACAGGACCCCCUGAUCCCCCCGGCGCUUCUCAGCUCCGAGAUCCCUAUGACCGACACCGCCCUCCAGACGGUUGUCAAGGGCCGCAACGAGGCCGUCGACAUUAUCAUGGGCCGUGACGACCGCUUACUCGUCAUCAUCGGCCCCUGCUCGCUGCACGAUCCCUCCACAGCCCUCGAGUACUGCGAGCGCCUCAAGGCCAUCGCCGCCCGCCUCUCCUCCGACAUCUGCGUCAUCAUGCGCGCCUACCUUGAGAAGCCGCGCACCACCGUCGGCUGGAAGGGUCUCAUCAACGACCCGGACAUCGACUCCACCUUCAAGAUCAACAAGGGCCUGCGCAUCUCCCGCCAGCUCUUCCGGGACCUGACCGCUGCCGGCAUGCCCAUUGCCAGCGAGAUGCUCGACACCAUCUCCCCGCAGUUCCUCGCCGACUUCAUCUCCGUCGGCGCCAUUGGCGCCCGUACCACCGAGUCUCAGCUCCACCGCGAGCUCGCCUCCGGCCUGUCCUUCCCCGUUGGCUUCAAGAACGGCACCGACGGCAACCUCGGCGUCGCCAUCGAUGCCAUCGGCGCCGCCGCCGCCAAGCACCACUUCAUGGGUGUCACCAAGCAGGGCCUCGCCGCCAUCACCCGCACCAAGGGCAACGAGCACGGCUUCGUCAUCCUUCGCGGCGGCUCCCACGGCCCCAACUUUGACAAGGAGAACGUCCAGAAGGCCAAGGACACCCUCACCAAAAAGGGCCAGAAGCAAGCCAUCAUGAUUGACUGCUCCCACGGCAACUCUAACAAAGACCACCGCAACCAGCCCAAGGUUGCCGCCGUCGUUGGCGACCAGCUCCGCGAGGGCGAGACCUCCAUCAUUGGUGUCAUGAUCGAGUCCAAUAUCAACGAGGGCAACCAGAAGGUCCCCGCCGAGGGUCCCGCCGCGCUCAAGAAGGGCGUCAGCAUCACCGACGCUUGCAUUGACUGGGACUCUACCGUCGACGUGCUCGAGAACCUUGCUGCCGCUGUCCGCGCCCGUCGCGAGCGCAACGCCGGCUCCGCCAAUGGCAACGAGGACUCCCACAAGGUCACCCACCUCGAAGAGGAGUAAGCUGGAAAGAACGCACAGGAACCGUUGGAUGCCAGCGGAGAAAGGGGAGCUUGGUGCCAAAGGGAGGGGAAAAGUCUUAGGUGGGGCGACGGUUGGAUGGGAAAGAAAAACAUCCAGCACAUACGUGCAUGGCAUUUGCAUUUUUUGAUAUCUUUUUGCUUCCCUUCGCAAAGCCCUUGGGAGGAAACAAAAGUCUGGGGUUUUUUUUUUCAUUGGUUUGUUUUUUUCUUGCGUUGAAUGGUCACGGUGCACGGGUUUUAUGAUGACUGCUAUCCCUUGUUCGUCGGUAAAGGCACCCGGGAAGUAGGAGGAAGAUGUAGAGAUGCCUUCG